CCUGCCACAGCCCGUUUCACCGGCCGUCCUGUAUUCCUUUCGCCGGCAUCUUCAUUGUGGGCACUCGGCUGUGACAGCUUGCAGCUUCACAGCCGGGUGCCCACUGAGCAUGCGCGCCAAGCGCUGUGCUUCCUGAAUGGCCCCGUCGUCUUCUGGGACCUGUCACGUGACCCACAAGACUUCAGGGAGGGAGGGCGAUCGCAGCGGAAGUGGGAGCGGGUACCUGUCAAAUUCAGGUACCCAUUCCCCCCCUCCCCAAAGGUUCCAAUC